UCCACGCUUGUACAACGCUCUUCAAAACCGCUGGUAUCCGCUUUGCAGUGGCGAUCAUCUUUGUAAAUCGUGUGCCAGUUCAUCAAGUUCAUCCCAUGUGCUCUUCACUGUAAUUCGCGAGGAAAGCAGGGCAGCUUAUUUCCGCUUACUGAAGCGGACCGGGAGGCCGGCGCCCAGGGGCCAAGUUCACGCAGCAGGCUCCCGGAGCCACCCGGGCUGCAAAGCCCGCCCUCUUUCCACCCCACCGAGCUCUACCUCCUUCCACCUACUAAACGUACAACUGCACUGGGGUGGGAUUUAGCCUUCGCCUCGAGUUUCAGACAUCCAGCAACCUUCCUCAACUCUCACGUUCAAUGGUGCAACCUCAUUGAUGUAGAUUGGCCAGAAACUCUCAACUCGGGCAUCGGGACCUUUUGUCACAAGAACAAUGCUGGCCUGGUGGGAACUGUCCUUUUACCUGCUUGCUUCACUAGGCUUCCACUUCUAUUCUUUCUAUGAAGUUUACAAAGUCUCCAGAGAACACGAAGAACAGUUGGACCAAGAAUUUGACCUGGAGACUGGCACUUUAUUUGGAGGAUUAAAGAAGGACCGUACCGACUUUGAGUGGAGCUUCUGGAUGGAGUGGGGGAAGCAGCGGCUGGCGUGGCUUCUCCUUGGUCACCUGGCUGUGUCUCAAAUGGCCAACCAGAUUGCAAGGAAGCACAGACCCUGGAUCCUCACGGCCUAUGGAAUGUGGGCCUGCUGGUGUGUGCUGGGGGCCCCAGGAACGGCCAUGAUUUUUCUCCACACUGUCAUCUCCUUCUGCGUAGCCCAGUUCCGGUCACUGUUCCUCUCAUGGCUGUGUUCUCUCCUCCUGCUCUCCACAUUAAGGCUGCAAGAUGUGGAGGAAGUUAAGAGAGGGUGGUACAAGACAGAAAACGAGUACUACUUGCUGCAGUUCACGCUGACCGUUCGCUGCCUGCACUACACCAGCUUUAGCCUCGAGUUCUGCUGGCAGCAGCUGCCCGCUGGCUGCCCCUUCUACUCCUUUCCCUGGAUGAUGGCCUAUGUCUUCUACUACCCAGUCUUCCACAACGGGCCCAUCCUCAGCUUCCCGGAUUUCAUCGGACAGAUGCAGCAGCAAGGGCAGUGCUCGCUGAAGGUCAGCCUUUCCGUCCUUGCCCGGGGGCUGGGCCGCCUCUUCUGCUCUUGGUGCCUGGCGGAGCUGAUGGUUCACCUCAUGUACAUGCACGCCAUCUACAGCAGCGCCCCCCUCCUGGGGGCCGUCUCUUGCUGGACCUUAGGAGGAUUGGCUUUGGCCCAAGUGCUCUUCUUCUACGUGAAGUACUUGGUGCUCUUUGGCGUCCCAGCUCUUCUCAUGCGCCUGGAUGGACUCACACCGCCGCCUCUCCCUCGCUGUGUCAGCACCAUGUUCAGUUUCACGGGGAUGUGGAGGUAUUUUGACGUUGGACUGCAUGAUUUCUUAAUCAGGUAUGUGUACAUUCCAGUGGGCGGGUCCCAGCAUGGCCUGCUGGGAACACUGUUUUCCACUGCAAUGACCUUUGCGUUUGUGAGCUACUGGCAUGGUGGAUACGACUACCUCUGGAGCUGGGCUGCACUCAACUGGCUGGGGGUCACCAUGGAGAAUGGAGUCCGGAGGCUUGUGGAGACGCCGUGCGUCCGGGACAGCUUGGUCCAGUUCCUCUCCCCACGAGCUCGCCGCCGACUCCACGCUGCCCUAGCGUCUUGCUCCACCUCCAUGCUGAUCCUGUCCAACCUGGUGUUCCUCGGGGGCAAUCAGGUUGGGAAAAUCUACUGGAAUAGGAUCUUCAUACAAGGCUGGCCAUGGGUGACCCUCUCUGUCCUGGGAUUCCUGUACUGCUACUCCCACGUGGGCAUUGCCUGGGCCCAGACAUACGCCAUGAACUAAUGCUGCCGGACCCCGCUCAGCGCUGUUGCUGGCCUCCAAGGCAAAUGGUGCUUCUUCCUGACCUCACACCCCAAGAUAACCUCCAAGGGACCAUCUGCUCAUCUUUUCUUGAAGUUACCUCACUCCAAAACUGGAAGCAUGAGUUCUGUCAUAGAAACUUGACAACCAGAGAAUCUUCUAACUUGGGGGACUUCGACAUCAUCUCCCCACAUCAUCAUUUUCCUGUUGAGUAAGCUGGGCUCCGGAGCAGUAGAGGGUCUUGCCCAGAUGCACAUGGUGACAUUGUGGCUUAGAAGCCACCCAGUCCCAAGGGUUUUUGGGGUUCUUCCUCCUUUACCAAGAAUUAGAUGUAAUUGUGCAUUUCUUGAUUGAGGCCCAGAAAUUCUGACUAGCGCUAAGCCUGUCCUCCACUCGGCAGUAUUUCUGAAACAUUUUGGGGACUAUUCUGUGACCCUUUCCCCAUGUCCUGCAGUGUGCUCACUAGAACCAGCACUGGGGUUUGAGCUUCACACUCCAGCUCCUCAGCAGGGAGGUGACAAAGCCACAGCUGUUUCUCAUUAUCCAAUCAGAGAAGAUAGAAUACAUUCUGUCACAUUCCAAGGAGUCAGUACCCAGGAGACCUGGUAUUUGAGCUUCAUCAGUGCAGUCUACAUCUGGCUGCUUGUUCCCUAGAUUUGCGGAGCAGUAUAAACACGGCAGUGCCUCCGCCUGACAGCUCAUCGUUUCCACAUAAAGAAGCAGGAUUUACAAAACAAGCAAUAGCGUAUCCACGGGCAGGUGCUACCAGGCGAGUCACAGAGGGUGAGGUGGCUUCCCAUGGCCUUCUCCCUAUGCAAGUGGUUUCCUUCAGUGGUUUACACUUGUUUUGUUUUAAAUAAAAUGGAGCCUUUUCUAUCACAUAGGCAAGACACAUUUUUGUAGAAUCGUUUUGAAUAUUUGUUGAGGAAAAUGUUUAACAUCUAAACACACUCACAUAACUCUUCAAUUAGUCACCCCUCUGGAAAGAUGCUGACAGGCCACUAAUGGCCCCAAAUGGUAGACAAUUCAGAAUACUUCCUUUCAGCUUUGGAUUUUUGUUGAGGGGAUGGUGGUGGGAGAGUCAGUGAAAAAGCUUUAAGAUUUGAAUCCAUAGUGUACCCAAUAAUGGGAGAACUUAGAACAACUCAAGUGCAUAAAUUAAGUUGUCGUGAGGCUCACUUAGUCCUGGUCUGUGUCACACUGUCUCUUGUUUGUUAUUUGUUAUUGUCCCUGUAUCCUGACUGUGGGAGAUUAAACUCCUAGAGUGCAGGACCA